GCCCUUCAAAAUCCCAUAGCCACUGUGAGCAGAACUGCUUCCCGCAGGCCCUCGCUCGCACAUCUCAGCUGAGAGGACCCCCUCCCCCGCACCAGGACCCCCGCUACCGGCUCUCCUCCAGGGCUGCCCUUCCAACCACUGUGCAAGCGCGGCGGUGGUAGACUGGGGGGAGCCUGGGGUGUGGCCCUCCCCUUCCCCCCCGCGGGCAGGCGCGGCCAGGGGGCCCUAGGACGACGUGCCCAGAAGGAAUAACUUCGUUUCCCGGAGACAAAGGAUUCUGCCUUUGCAGUUUCCUGGCCAGGACCCGAGCAGUCUGGCGCGCAAAGGCGGACCCCGCGAGGUAAAGCGGGGCGUCGGGGCGAGAGGAAGCGAGGGAGGGAAGAAAGAAGGUUGGAAAGUGAAAGAGCGUGAACGCGAGGACACGUAGGAGGAAGAGCCGCGCCGAGCCGAGCAACAGGAAAGAGCGCGGGCGCGGGCGAGCGGAGACCCCGGCGGGCGAGAGGAGCGCGAAUGAAUGACCGCGCGCAGCCCGGAUCGCGGGGCGAUCGGACUUCCUAAGAGUGCGUCUCCUCGGGGGCCCCCACGCCACCUGCCCACGUGACGGAGACCGGCCGUGCCCCUCCCAGGGGUGACGCAGGACCCGCCUCCGCAGCCAUGCCCCCUCCUCCCGUGCCCGCCGCCCUGCGCCCCCCACGCUAAGUCCGCAGAGCCCACGCGCAUCACCCAGGAGACCGGCACAGCUGACCAUCGGCCCUCCCCCGACCCCGCACGCCCCACCCCGCCCCCACCCCGCAAGAUGUCCCUGGAGUGGCUGGGGGCCUGGAGCUGGUCCCUGGACGGCCUGCGGGACUGCGUGGCCACCGGCAUGCAGGCGGUGCGGGACUGCGACAGCAGCGCGGCCGUGACCGUGGGCUGCCUGCUGUUCCUCUUCGUGUGGUACUGCUACCGCGUGGGGCGCGAGCAGCCGCGGCCCUACGCCUCGGUGGGCGCCCUCCUGCAGGGCCCCGAGGCGGGCGCGCUGCAGAACGGCUUCGCCUACUGCCAGUCGCCCGCCUGUGUGCGCUGCAGCCCUGGCGAGGGCCUCAACCAGAAGCUCUACCACAACCUGCAGGAGUACGCCAAGCGCUACUCCUGGUCCGGCAUGGGCCGCAUCCACAAGGGCAUCCGCGAGCAGGGCCGCUACCUCAGCAGCCGGCCCUCCAUCCAGAAGCCCGAGGUCUUCUUCCUGCCCGACCUGCCCACCGCGCCCUACUUCGCCCGCGACGCGCAGAAGCACGACGUCGAGCUGCUGGAGCGCAACUUCCCCACCAUCCUGUGCGAGUUCGAGGCCCUGUACAAGGCCUUCUCCAACUGCAGCCUGCCGCAGGGCUGGAAGGUGAACAGCACCCCCAGCGGGGAGUGGGUCACCUUCUACCUGGUCAACCAGGGCGUGUGCGUGCCCCGGAACUGCAGGAGGUGCCCACGGACGUACCGCUUGCUCGGCAGCCUGCGGACCUGUAUCGGGAACAAUGUGUUCGGGAACGCGUGCAUCUCCGUGCUCAGCCCCGGGACGGUCAUCACGGAGCACUACGGCCCCACCAACAUCCGCAUCCGCUGCCACCUAGGCCUGAAGACGCCGAGCGGCUGCGAGCUGGUGGUGGGAGGCGAGCCACAGUGCUGGGCCGAGGGCCGCUGCCUGCUCUUUGACGACUCCUUCCUGCACACGGCGCUGCACGGAGGUUCCGUGGAGGAGGGCCCGCGGGUGGUCUUCAUGGUGGACCUGUGGCACCCCAACGUGGCCGCAGCCGAGCGGCAGGCGCUGGACUUCAUCUUUGCCCCUGGACGAUGAGCUGGCGGCCCGCGCCGCGGUCAGGGAGUCGGGGAGUAGCGCGGGGCCCGGGGCCGGGGCCAGGCCAAGGCCAAGGCCGCACGGCGAGGGGCGACCCCCGGGGGUCCCAUGGCCCUGCUCGUCGGAACGCCGCCUCCACGGGCAGGCAGCUCGGCGGCGGCGACCGCGGGAUUCCGUUUUUAUUUUUCUAUUCUGGUGAACUGUGGCGUCGGCCUUCCUCUCCCCUCUGGUGACCGUCCACGGAGAACCUUCCGCUUCCAUUGCCUUGGCCUUUCGCCCCCUCCUCCCGCACGCUGCAGGCGGGCGAGUCCCUGAGGCUCGGGGCUGCUGCCUGCUCAGCCGUGCCUCAGUUUCCCGCUGCAUUAGCAUCCCCCGGGGGGCAGCUGUCCGGACCCUCGGGACGUAGCGACGUGGAACUUGCCCUAGUCUCCGUGAGCCUGUGAACGGGCGCCGACGGCCCGGCCCUUCCCGUCCACCGCCAGGUGGGGGCCCUCCACGGCCGUCGGGUCCCCCAGGGCAGAUGGCACUGCUGGGGCUGGUGGCCCUGGGGGCUGGCUGGGGGCUCCCCCAGGUCGGCCUCCAGCCCCGGGCUCCCCUGUCACUGCCUCCAGGAGGGGCUGUGGCCAUCCGGGCCUGGAGGCCGCCCCUUCCCCGCUGUUCUGAGGAUGCCCCAACCACCAGCUGCCCGACACCCCCCCCCUUCCCGUGUCUCUCUGGAAAGGUCCCCUCCAGCCCCUGAGUUCUGAGCCAAGUGUCCGUGAGGCCUUGAGGUUGUUGCCUGAGACUUUCCACAUGUCCCUGCAUUAUCGUGCAGAUGCCCAGAGAGAGGGGGAGUGCGGGGGGAGGGGGGUCCUGGCCGUGGGGCUGGGUGCUGGCUCUCCCGGCCGGUGCAUGCCCUGUGCUCCUCAGGACCAGCACCCAUCCCAGCCGAGGUGUCCUGUGGGUGGCUUUGGGAAAGCGUUGCCUUGGGCCACACCGCCGAGGCCUCGGUGGGCCCUGGCAGUGUGGGGUCUGGAGAGCUGUGGCUGGUGACACGCGGCCGGGUGAACGUCGGUCUCUGGCGACCAGCUGCAACGCCACGGAAGUAGCACCUGGCGGCGGCCAGCGAGAGAGCAAAGAACAGGAGCGAGAGAAGCCGCAGACGGCCGCACGCCGGGCCUUGGGAGAGGGCGCUGCCCCCCCCGGCCGCAGCCCUCCCCGGCGUCUCCUCCACGUCCUUGCACCCCUUCCGCACCUUGUCACUCGUCACCGAGGUGCGUGGCCUCUGUGCGUGCAGGUUUACAGAAACAGCCGCCCCGCGGGUGUCCUGCCCUCGUGGGACGUGGUGGGGUGACAGCAGAGAAAUAAAGUAUCAGGACAGAGUG